CAAUAACAAACAUUUUCCUCAUUUUCUCCCUCCUAAGACAAAGAUCUACGGAAAACACCCAAGAAAAGUCUAUUCUCACCGCAAGACUUCACUUCAAAGUCGUCUCUCGUCUGUUCUUCUUCUCUCAUUAGUCCAUCAAUCUUCCACCAACCUUUUCCUAUUCAAUAUCGGUUUCUCCAUCAAAAUCUCUCAAAUUCUGCAAAAACCCACCUACAAACUUCCAAUUUCAUAUCCUUCUUAAAUUUAGGGUUCUUAAAUUUCUCACUUGGAUUUGCUGAUUGAAUCCAUGAAGGAGUUCAUUGGAUUUCAUCAUAGAAAGGCUUCUGAAAGAUUCAACUACGAGGUUACAAUUUCUUCUUCCUCUUUUAUUGUAUUGCCAAUUAAGUUCAAUUUUUAGUAGUUUGUGAUUUAAGCUUAGUGAAAUUGGAUAAUUUCGGAAGUUGUACAAAGCAAUGUCUGUUUCGGCCGGCAUGGUUCCCGGCCGAAAAUCGCAGGUUAAAGUUGGCAGUUUCGGACGAUUCGUCCUAGUUUCAGUGAUUGUAACUUCAUUGAUUUUAUUGUCUGUGUCAUUAAUUAGAACUAAUUCUGCAUCAAAUUAUGCAAGUGAGUCUAAUGAGAGUAUAAAUGGGCCAAUACAUUCGGCUAAUUUUCAUAACCGAAGAGUUAAGUUGCCGGAACAGAAUGUAUUGUCGAAAUCGUUGGAGGAGCGGAACGGUUUGCCUCCUCGGAACUUGGAUCUGUAUCCUAGUUUGCCUAAGGAUCAUGUUGUGAUUGUGUUGUAUGUUCAUAAUAGGCCACAAUAUCUCAAAGUUGUGAUUGAUAGUUUAUCUCGUGUAGAAGGGAUUAAUGAGACACUGCUUAUAGUUAGCCAUGAUGGUUAUUUCAAAGAGAUGAAUAAGAUUGUGGAAGGGGUUAAAUUCUGCAGGGUUAAGCAAAUCUUCGCUCCGUAUUCUCCACAUAUCUUUAAUGAUAGCUUCCCUGGUGUAUCUCCAGAAGACUGUAGGGAUAAGGACAAUGCAAGUGAAAAGAAGUGUAAAGGAAACCCUGAUCAGUAUGGGAAUCAUCGAUCCCCGAAGAUUGUCUCUUUGAAGCAUCAUUGGUGGUGGAUGAUGAAUACGGUGUGGGAUGGAUUGGAUGAGACUAAGGAUCUCUUAGGUCAUAUACUUUUCAUUGAAGAAGACCACUUUAUAUUUCCCAAUGCUUAUAGGAAUCUGCAGCUUCUUAUAAAGUUGAAACCUGAAAAGUGUUCGAGCUGUUUUGCUGUUAAUUUGGCUCCCUGGGAUGUAAAAUCUAGAGGAGAAGGUAUUUCUCAAUUGGUUGCAGAGAGAAUGGGGAAUGUUGGUUAUUCGUUUGAUCGGAUGGUAUGGAAAAAGAUUCACAACAAGGCAAAAGGAUUUUGUUAUUUUGAUGAAUACAAUUGGGAUAUAACAAUGUGGUCUCAGGUGUAUCCUUCAUUUGGUAGUCCUGUAUAUACACUAAGAGGACCUAGAAGUAGUGCUGUUCACUUUGGGAAAUGUGGUUUGCAUCAAGGACAAGGGGAUAAAGAUGCUUGUUUAGACGAUAGUUCUAUCAACAUUGAAGUACAGAAUGAUGACAGAGUUGUCAACAUUAGCCCGAAGUGGGACGUGUUUUUUUAUGACCAUCAAGCAGGGUAUAAAGCUGGAUUCAAAGGAUGGGGAGGAUGGGGAGAUGAAAGAGACCAUCAGCUGUGCCUGGAUUUUGCCUCCAUGUAUCAUCAAUCACUACCAACUUAGUGUUGCUACACCCAUAUUGAUGUCUGCUGUCUGCUGUCUGCUGUCUGCUGAUUUAGUCGGGGAUCCUAGGUUUUGAGUUGUGACACUGUAAGAGUAUUUCUUGUGUUCUUUUACGGCGUAUUCUUUUGGGUAGUUUUAGGUUUUUGGUAUUGCUUAGAAUGCCGUGUAUGUAGAUUUUAUUUCUUCUUACACUUGCAAAUAUUCAUGAGUAGAGAGGAUUUUGUUUUAAAACUCAUUUGACCACAUUAUUCUUGUUGGCUUCUCUCA